UUUGCCCAGAUGACCGUGUUUCCCAUAUCACUGGAUAUCAUGGGGACGUCUUUAUUAAUCCGAGUACUACAGGAAUGUAUAUAUGACAGUAGUCAACCCAAUUUUAAGCCAAUGACUAAGAGUCCCGAUUGAUAUUUCACAACCCAUUGCUCAAGCUAUUCUCAUUCUAUUAGUAUUACCGAAAGCUGAUCAAAGCCUCGCUGUUUGGUGACGACAUAUCAGUAAUCAGCUUUAACAUCUGAAUAAGCAGGCGCCAUGUUACUGCGCAGCUUCCGGUUACUACCCAACAGACGAUUGCUAAAUGUACGGAUUCGACCACAAUCUACUAUGGCGGCAGUCAAGUCAUGUGACGACAUUCCGGGACCGCAACCAACUCCACUUUAUAAAUUACGUUCAGAACUGAAGAAGAAUUUCGGGAGAGGACACAAAAUGUUUCAGGAAUUACAUCAAGAAUUUGGACCUGUAGUUCAGCAGAAAAUUCCGAUCGCCUCCUUGCAACUUUUCUUCAUUUCCGACCCCAGUUGUCUAGAGGAGUUACUACGCCAAGAUGACAAACAUGUCCGAGCUCCAUUGCCAAUAUGGAAUGAUUAUAGAGUUAGAGCAAAACAAGAAUUUGGAAUCUUAACAGCAGAUGGCGACAAUUGGGGACGGAUGAGAAGAAUCGUUGACAAGCCCAUGUUGAAACCAAAGACAGUGGAGAACUAUGCUGACAAUAUGGCCGUAGUAGUUGGGGAUCUACUCGACAGAUUUGAAAGAAUCAGAGGCCCGGAUAUGGUUGUUGAGAAUUUAGCUUCGGAACUUUUUAAUUGGGCAUUGGAGUCAAUUGGAACAGUCUUAUACGAGAAAAGACUGGGUAGUUUAUCAGAUAUCAGAGAUCCUGAAAAUGACAAGUUUAUCCAGUCUGUUAGAGGUAUAUUCACCAGUACUGUAUAUUUGUUUGGACUACCACCUAUGUUGUCCCGGUUUUUAAUGAGAAGUCAGUGGAAAAUUCAUGAAGAAGCAUGGAAUACAGUAUUUAGAAUAGCUGAGAAGUGUGUCACUGAAAGACUGGAACAAGUAAAGAAUGUUUCCAGAAGCGAGGGUGAAGAAGUGGGAAUAAUUGAGUAUUUGGUUGAAAGGAUGCCACUGAAAGAAGUUUACGCUAACAUUACAGAACUGAUGGCUGGUGGUGUAGAUACGACAUCGAAUUCAGUACAAUUUCUGCUUUACGAAAUCACUAAAAAUCCAAACAUUCAAAAUAAAAUCUACCAAGAAGUUCAAGAAAACGUCAAAGAAAAUGGAAUGGUGGAUUUGAAAAAUCUGAAAUAUUUGAAGGCUUCAAUUAAAGAGACUUUAAGGAUGUACCCAGUUGUAAAUAGUAUUGGUCGUAUUACACAGAAUGAUACAGUGAUAAAUGGAUAUCUGAUCCCUAAAGGGAAAAUGGUUGGAUACUCACCAUAUGUUCUGGGUAGAAAUGAAUCUAUUUAUGAAGAAGCUGAUGUAUUUAAACCUGAACGUUGGUUAAGAGAUCAACCUGGUGGACAAGAUAAAGUUCAUCCAUUUGCUUAUUUACCUUUUGGUUUCGGACCACGAAUGUGUGUUGGACGUCGAAUAGCCGAGAUGGAAAUGCAGAUUUUAGUUUCACAGAUGUUAAGAAGAUUUCGCCUGGAAUUGGUUGAUGAUAAACCCAUUGACACGUAUUGUGACUUGAUAAUAUCUCCUGCUCAACCACUUCGACUCAGAUAUAUAAAUCGUUAAAGAUACAUUAUGUAAGAUUUAGUUAAAGAACUAGUCAUUCUUGCUAUAAUAGUUCGAAAGUUGAUGAUUAAAAAUGAAUAGUUUGAAAAUUUCAUUCAAAUUACUCUAUUGCAAGCGAAGAUAUUAGCCUUUGAAGGUUUGACAGACGUGUCCAAUAAUUUCAACCACCGUACUGGUUGAUGGAAGCUAAGUCUCGCUCCUCCAUAUUUGAUUAAAUCAAAGUAUCGCUAAACCAUUCUAAUCUAUUUAAUAUCGGAGAAAUCUGAUGCCAUCGAGAGUUGAUUAACGCCUGGAUCAGUUAAUUGAUGUCUAAUUAAUAAUUUAGAUAACAUAUCAGGCCUGAAGAAAGACUUGUAAUAAGCAGAUUUAGCUCUUGCAUAAUGUAUGUUUAAUAUAUUAUACACCUGACAGGUGAACAACAUUCAAGGCUUGAUUAGAAUGGUUACACAUUUUCAUAGCCUGGCCCCGAGUUCACAAAGCAUUCCCAGACUUAAACAUACAUUAUGCAAGAAGAGCUAAAUCUGCCUAUUGCGGGUCUUUCUUUAGGCAUGAAAUGUUAUCUAAAUAUUAUUAAUUAGACAUUAAUUAACUUAUUCAGACCAUAAUCAACUCUAGAUGGCAUCGCUAGCCUACGAUGUUUACUGGAUUUGAAUCCUAUCUGCUGCGUAACGCUCAUUGAUAAUUAAAUCAAAAAAUGGAUAAUCGAGACUCUGUUUUUUAUCAUAUUGACUUUAGAAAUGAUGAUCGAAAAUUCAAUCGCUGA